AGAUUUUUUAGUUUUAUUUGCGUUUUUUAAUUUUUACACACAACAUACACACAUAUACAUAUAGUUUGAUGUAUCAGCUGCGAACAAUAAAUAAUAAGGAAUAUCUAAUUCAAUCUUAUAUUAUUCCAUAUAUUUCUCGAUUUAUUAAAUGUCUUUCUUAAAUUUUAUUUAUCUAUUUAUUUCUCCGUUCUUAGAAUGAGUUGUUCGCUAUAUAAUUUUAUAUAAUUUUUAAUUUAUUUAUUCUGCUUUCUCCUUCCCUGUAGAGAGAUUUAUUAUGUUAUUUAGCUUAUGAAUAAAUAGAGAUAUAUCUAAAGUAUUGUCUCAAGAAAUAGAAAGAAUUUUCAAUUACCAAAUUUAAAAUGUACAUUUUCCCUCGUAGUCGAAAAAUUUUUGAUCGAUUAUAUAAGUAACAGCAUUUAGUAAAAGUAUAUAGAAAAUAGCUGUAAAUAAAAUUAGUUCGUUGCAGAGGAGGUUUCGAGAAAUAGAAAUUCGCAUGCGUGAAUGUAUGCUGUGUACGCUUGUAUAGAUAGUAUCUGGAAGGAUGUGAUUGUCCUACUUAGGAGUUGUACAACGCUAUGCGGAUGACGCUCAAGUUCACUGUUGGUGAGAAGGCCAUUGGCAAACUUGAAAAGUACGCGAUGAUACAUAUGUAUAUACGACGUACGUAAUUAGCAAUUGUUCGAAUUUUCUGUCUUAGUGAAAAAAAUGUGAACUAGAAAAUUUUAGAUGUUUCACUAGCUUAUUGUUACGUUGUAUCUCUUUUUUUAAAUGAUCAAUUUUUAAACGACCAGUACAAAGAUAUAAUUCAAAGCAUUAUGUAACAAACAUUGAUUUUCGAACAUUUUGAUAUUCAAAAUAUACAGGGUGAAUCAUUUAAUUUUAUUACUUUGAAUUUGCUUUAAAAGUGGUUAUAUAAAAAACCUUUCUUCAAACAAAAGUUCUAUGGUAUCAAGGGGAUCGUGUAAUAUAAUAAUUAGUCUUUUGUUAUUUCCCUUUUUUAUUUGCAUGUAAAAGUUAACUUGAGUUCCACAAAUGUAACGUAUAACACUAGCAUAAAUUAUGAAGGUAUAUGGGUCAAAGAGCCAAUAAUUAUUCUUUGAACGAUUGUCUAUAUAAAUAAUUCUUAGAGUCAAUGCAGGUGUGUGAUCGCAGAAAAUUCUAUCGUUUAUAUCUUCGUGCAUCGUUGGCAGCUCGCGAUAAACUUCAUUUUUCACAUAUUCUCGGAAAAAGUAGUCUAAUGAGGAUCAGGUCCGGAGAACGAGUUGCUUACGAGUCCUUCACGUUCAAUCCAUUGAUCCCCGUAAUACCUUACACAUUCAUUGUACACAGCAACUGCUGUGUUGGUAACGCAUUGUUAAAGGAGUUUCACAUGAUAAAUUAUCUAAUAAAGUGAUAGUGUUUUAGAUACAGAGAUAGAACAUUUGUGUCCUAUUAGUGAGCCGACAAUAAAAUUUACUUGUCUGAAGUUUGUAAAUGUGAACGAUUGAUAAGAUAUAUUAUUUUCGUUUAUGUAAAAUAUCUUCGGAAACCAUUGACAAAAUUUCGCAGGGUUUUCAAAAUCUUCUUCGUCGCGAUGUUUCACGUGCUGAUAAUGCAUUUGUUGUGAUCAGUGAAUUAUUGUAUCGAUUGCGAUGAUUGCUCAUAGCAAUUAUAAUAUUAAAAUCUCUUUCGUUUCUUACUAUUUUUAGUCGUUUUACAUCUCGCAUUGAGAAAUUGCUAGAUUUUCCAAACAUUUCACUAAGCGCUUAAGACAAACAAUAUUUUAACGCAUACAGCGAUUCGCACUCAUACAAUUUUCUUCACAAGCAACGUAAACGACGAUUAUAUCUCAGUUUUUCACUAUUGCUCAAUUUCAUCGAUGCAGAGAUAUUUUUCACGCUUACUUCUGUAGUUUAAUCUACUACCAAUAACUUUGGUCUAGAUGUCCAGUCGUGUUUGUAAAUGCUCUAAUCCCCCUUUGCAUAGAAGGACGAAAUAUCUCGCCACGUUUAGGUCUUCGAUGACACGUUUUGGACGAGAUAUCUCGCAAUGCCGUUCAUGUGAUAUUUUUUGGUAUCUCGUGUGACGCUUUGGGAGUGAUAUGUCGCACAUCUUUUCAUUAGAACUCGAGGUAUCUCGUUCAUAAAAGUCAAUUCGUAAGGCACUGCGUUUGUGAACAUCGAAAAAUUGGGGACACGAGUUAUUUCGUUCAAAGCGUCGCACAAAGCGUCGCGAGAUAUUUCGUAGCGUGGAAUAAAAUGUCCUUUUCGAGAAUAUAAAGCUUGAAUAUCAGUCUAGUGCGCACAUGCUCGUCAAAUAUGUCGUUAAACUAUAUCGUUAAAAUUUGAUGUUCUUUUUAUUUCGGAGACAUAUUUCUAGUUCCAAUGAAGACGUAAAGAAAAAGCGUCUGUUAGAUUCCAUAACAAGUACAGCCAACAGUGCAGACUGCCCAGGCGUGUGUGUACACGCAUUUGCAACGUUAAUAUGUUACGAAGUUCUUGAGGAUGUAGAGUGCCCUACUAGUAUGCGAUGUUGUAUCGAGGCACCUAUAAAUGGUACCGGAACUUCUGAAAGUGCAGCCCCUCCUCAUGACGAUGACUCUACUUCAACUAUUAUCACUACCGUUAAGACAACGACAACUACGAGCACAACAACACCUUCAACAACUACAGCACUUACAACCGUAUCUUCAACAACUUCCGUAAAAGCUACUUCUGAAAAUCAGAAAGAAGCAGCGAAUAAAACAUCAUCAAAAACGUGUUCAGGAAUUUGUAUGGCAGAGAGAAUCGCCGAUUACUGCGAUGCGGUUCUGGUAAUAGACACCCUUUGCAAGCCAGGAUAUAAAUGUUGCGUAUCCAGAGAUGCGUUUGGAGAUUCACCUCCGCCAGAACUACUAGUCAUUGACCGAACGAAUUCAAGCCGCAUCGAUGAAAAGACUGGUCUCAAUACAUCUUACAAAGGUUCUUCACCUUUUACAACUGUAAGAUCAAAUAUGAUUACCUCUACGAGCAUAGCUAGCACUACGAUAGCAACGACUACUACGAUAGCGAAACAACCAACAACUACGACAAGACCAAAAAUUACGGUGAGAAAGCCGUGUAAAGGUGAAUGCGUUAGUGGCUUCUUCGCUCUUUUAUGCGAUAAAGUGGAUGGAGAAGCUGAAUGCCCUGAUGAUGGAUCUUGUUGCGUUAUCGACGCUUUCUUAAAAACUGAAACGACGACAACAACGACAGUUGGACCAACAACGAAACCGCCGGAACCAAAAUUACAACCAUGUCCCGGAUUUUGCUUGUUAACCAUUAUGGCAGCCUUCUGUGAACGGCCAAACGCAAUAAUAGCGAAGACUUCGACUUGUCAAUCCGGAUAUAUUUGUUGUGACAACACGAAAAGCUCGCCGCAGACAGUAAACGUAGUGACACCAUCUUCUCCGUAUCAGACACCAAGGCCAAGGCCAAGGCCCACACCGAGACCAUCGAUUACUACAGUUUCUUUACCACGAGACACACGUGCAGAGUGUCCUGGAUCGUGUAUUGUUUCCUAUUUAUCAUUCACUUGUUUCAGAAACGCUGAACUGACGAAUUUGUUUAAAUGUAAGAAACAAGGGCAUCAAUGUUGUGCUCCAAAAUCAUUGAUACGAGAAAUCAACGGUGGAAAUUCUAGCGAAGCAAUUUUGACUAAUAGAAAUGACACCAUGUAUGUUACUUCAAGGCCAUACACAACACCAUUUACAACAGCUAUAUGUAAGUUAUACAUUAAUGACAUUCAAGUUAAAGAUUUAUUCAAGAUAUUCGCACGAGCGGUUUUUAAUUUAUCUUGUAAUUUUGAAAGAUUUCGUACAACAUACUACAGCAUACAACGUCACGAUAUAUUUAUCCAUAAUCGUGUAUUGUAUUUUAAUACAGGAAUGGAGAAUUUAAGUAAAAUUUAUUUAUAUGUAAAAAAUUACACUAACUUUGUAGAUGAAACAACAACGAUGAUGACAACUAUGAGAAGCCCCGUGUACAGUAAAUACGUGUGUGGUGUAAAAGGAACCUCCCGCGGACCGAUUCAAGCACGUAGUCUUGAAAGAGGAGCACGAGUUGUCGGAGGGGAAGAUGCAGAUGCCAAUGAAUGGUGUUGGCAGGUUGCGCUGAUUAAUUCCUUGAAUCAGUACCUCUGCGGUGGUGCACUCAUCGGCACGCAAUGGGUCUUGACAGCUGCACACUGUGUAACAAAUAUUGUACGAUCUGGGGAUGCGAUUUAUGUAAGGGUAGGUGAUCACGAUUUGACGAGAAAAUAUGGAAGUCCUGGUGCUCAAACUCUGCGAGUGGCAACCACUUACAUUCAUCAUAAUCAUAAUAGUCAGACUCUUGAUAACGAUAUAGCGCUAUUAAAGCUUCAUGGACAAGCAGAGCUUAAGGAUGGCGUUUGCCUAGUAUGUUUACCUGCACGAGGGGUUAGUCAUACAGCUGGUAAACGAUGUACCGUCACUGGUUACGGAUAUAUGGGAGAAGCUGGUCCUAUCCCGCUUCGAGUACGAGAAGCUGAGAUACCAAUUGUAAGCGACGCAGAAUGUAUACGUAAAGUGAAUGCCGUAACUGAAAAAAUUUUCAUUUUGCCAGCAAGUAGUUUUUGCGCUGGUGGCGAACAAGGAAACGAUGCGUGUCAGGGCGACGGUGGAGGUCCUUUAGUAUGUCAAGAUGACGGAUUCUACGAAUUAGCUGGACUGGUGUCAUGGGGUUUUGGUUGCGGAAGAUUGGAUGUUCCUGGAGUUUAUGUCAAAGUUUCGGCGUUCAUUGGUUGGAUCAACCAAAUUAUUUCCGUAAAUAAUCUUUAGCUUUUUUAUGUUCUAUUAAUAAAAGUUAAAGUAUUUAUUUAUUAAGGAAA